UUCAGUUUUGGACUCUGCCCAGGAAUUUCCACAGAAGUGAACAGGCCAAAGCCCAAGCAGGUUGGACCCAGCCCUCCCCAGUAACCUGUGCUUCACAGUCAGUCCUUCCGGACGCUGCCUUCUUCCUGCAAAUAUCUGAAGAGCCUAGCACAUGGCAGACAACACAAGAGACUCCAUUUCUCUCACAUCUGUGGCCCACGGCCUGGAGAACAUGGGUGCCGAGUUCCUGGAAAAAAUGGAGGAAGGCCGGCUCCCACACAGGCACUCCAGCCUGUCAGAGGGUGGAGGCAGCAGGAACAAAGCAGAGAGGAAGCCCUUCUCCCAAUGGAGGAAUCUGCAGUCAACUGUGCAAUCGAGAAGCUUUUGCAGGGAGCACCGGCAGCUGUUCGGAUGGAUCUGCAAAGGCCUGCUCUCGACUGCAUAUAUUGGCUUCUUGAUCGUCGCCUGCCUCCUGGACUUCCAGAGGGCCCUGGCGCUGUUCGUCAUCACCUGUGUGGUUCUCUUCUUUCUGGCCUACGGUCUGCUAAAGAGGCUUCUGGGGUCCAAGUUGAAGAAGUAUGUGAAGUUUCAGGGCCAUUCUUGCCUGAGCCUCUGGCUGAAAAGAGGUCUAGCCCUUGCUGCUGGCCUGGGUGUAAUCUUGUGGCUAUCUCUGGACACCGCCCAGCGGCCUGAACAGCUGGUGUCCUUUGCUGGGAUCUGUGUGUUCCUUGCCCUUCUCUUUGCUGGCUCAAAGCAUCACCAUGCUGUGUCAUGGCGGGCUGUGUCCUGGGGCCUUGGGCUGCAGUUUGUGCUUGGACUCUUCGUCAUCAGAACAGAACCAGGGUUCAUUGCAUUCCAGUGGCUAGGUGAUCAGAUCCAGGUCUUCCUGAGUUACACUGAGGCCGGCUCCAGCUUCGUCUUUGGAGAGGCUCUGGUCAAGAAUGUCUUUGCCUUUCAGGUUUUGCCCAUCAUCGUCUUCUUCAGCUGCGUCAUGUCAGUUCUGUACUAUCUGGGCCUCAUGCAGUGGGUGAUCCUGAAGAUUGCCUGGUUGAUGCAGGUCACCAUGGGUACCUCAGCCACUGAGACACUGAGUGUGGCAGGAAACAUUUUUGUGAGCCAGACUGAAGCUCCGCUGCUAAUCCGGCCCUAUCUGGCAGACAUGACACUCUCUGAAGUUCACGUCGUUAUGACUGGAGGCUAUGCUACCAUUGCUGGCAGCCUCCUGGGCGCCUACAUCUCCUUCGGGAUUGACGCUGCCUCCUUAAUUGCUGCCUCCGUCAUGGCGGCCCCUUGCGCUCUGGCCCUCUCCAAGCUGGUCUACCCAGAGGUGGAGGAGUCCAAGUUCCGGAGUGAGGAAGGUGUGAAGUUGACAUAUGGAGACGCUCAGAACCUCGUGGAAGCAGCCAGCGCUGGGGCUGCCAUCUCAGUGAAGGUCGUUGCCAACAUUGCUGCCAAUCUGAUUGCCUUCCUGGCUGUCCUGGCCUUCAUCAACGCUGCCCUCUCCUGGCUGGGGGACAUGGUGGAUAUCCAGGGACUCAGCUUCCAGCUUAUCUGCUCCUACGUCCUGCGGCCUGUGGCCUUCUUGAUGGGCGUGGCCUGGGAGGACUGUUCGGUAGUGGCUGAGCUUCUAGGCAUCAAGCUGUUUCUGAAUGAGUUUGUGGCCUAUCAAGAGCUUUCCCAGUACAAGCAGCGACGCCUAGCAGGGGCUGAGGAGUGGCUUGGUGACAAGAAACAGUGGAUUUCUGUCAGAGCAGAGAUCCUGACAACAUAUGCCCUCUGUGGAUUCGCCAACUUCAGCUCCAUCGGCAUCAUGCUGGGAGGCCUGACCUCCCUGGUCCCCCAGCGGAGGAGCGACUUCUCCCAGAUUGUGCUCCGGGCACUGAUCACUGGGGCCUUCGUGUCCCUGGUAAAUGCCUGUGUGGCAGGGAUCCUCUAUGUGCCUAGGAGGGUCGAGGUGGACUGCGUGUCUCUUCUGAACCAAACCGUCAGCAGCAGCAGCUUUGAGAUUUACCUGUGCUGUCGCCAAGCCUUCCAGAACACCAGCUUGGAGUUCGGCCAAGAGGCACUGGACAACUGCUGUCGAUUUUACAAUCACACAGUCUGCACAUAGCUGGGAUGGGACAUCUUCCUAACCUCAGGGCUCAUCCAUGCCAGAGAGGCCAUGGGACUCACCGCUAGGAAAGGGUGCUACAGUGAAUGAAAGAUGCCUCCCACCCUGGUCCCAUCGCUGCUCCAUGUCCUACCUCUCCAAGCGUGAGUUCCCAGUGUCUGGUUGGCCCCCUUGCCCUCUGAGAGUUGACAUUCUGGUCAUCUCUUCUCCUCUUUCCUUCGGACCCUCAUGUGCACCUGCCCAAAGUCCCCUUCCUGCUCCCUCCCAAGCACCCGACUUGCUGGGUGCCCCCAGAAACUAUCUCUAGAGACCUUUUUUCACCCAGUCCCCAAGAGUGCUUUCCAAACUGGUGUCCUGCAGGACAUCAUCUCAUUAGGUGUGAUGUCAGAGUGACCCAGGAUCCACUAGGUUUGGAACACUGCCCUCAGUAAAGUUAGACAGGGGUUGGUUUGGUUGGUUUUUAGAUGGGUCUCACGUAGCUCAUUCUGGCUUUGAGCUCACUCCGCAGCUGAGGUGACCUAUUCCUCGCUCCUCCCCUCCCGCUGUCACUCCUGAGCGCUGGGAGUACAGGUGCGCACCAUCACACCAGGGCCAUAAGGACUUCUUAUUUGGGCUGUCAAGAGAUCUCAGUAGGCAAAGGCAUUGCUGCUAAGUUUGAUGAACUGACUCUGAUGCCUGGGGCCCCUGAGGUGAAAGAGGAGAGUGACCUCUGCAUGCUGUCAUCUGACCUCUACAUAUGUGUGUGGCACAUGCUCUGCCCCUCCCAACUAAAAAAAUAAAAUGUAAGUUAAAACCUUUA